AGUCUUCUAUAAUAUGCCGUGAUAAUAAAAAAAAAAUUAAAUAUGCAUUUAUCUAUAUAUAAAAGGAGUCCAGUGUAUGGAAGGAUUAUGUGAAAACGUGCUUUGAAUCAUCUAGAGAGAGAAAAAAGUAACAGUCUCGCAAAUCAAGAGAAAUUAACGGUAGCGUUUGGUUUAGAGAGAAACGCCUUUGAAGAGAUCGAUAUUUGUUUUGUUGGUGGGUCAUCUUUGGUAACAAGAAGAAGAAGAAGAAACAGAGAAGCUAAAGAAGAAGAGAUUGAAAACGCCGCCGUGUGAGUAUCAGAGAGAUUGAGGGAAAGAUAGAUAUGGCGAUGAAGGGCUAUUUGGAUGAAUAUGAAAAACUUGUGAUUAGGAUGAACACUCCAAGGGUCGUUAUCGACAAUGGUGUUUGUUCUUCAGCGACAAUCGUCAAGGUUGACAGUCCAAGAGGACAUGGUAUAUUGUUAGAAGCAGUACAAAUCCUCACCGAUUUGAACCUCUCCAUUAAAAAAGCUUACAUUUCUUCUGAUGGAAGAUGGAACAUGGAUGUUUUCCAUGUGACUGACAUAAACGGAAACAAGUUGAAUGAUCAGAGCGUCUUAAAAUACAUUGAACAGUCGAUCGAAACGGUUUACUACGGAGAAAACAUUGAAGUUAACGGUCUAACGGCCUUAGAGUUAACCGGAACGGACAGGAUCGGUUUACUAUCCGAGAUGUUUGCGGUUCUCUCUGAUCUCAACUGCGAUGUAGUUGACGCUAAGCUAUGGACACAUAACGGCAGAGUUGCGUCUAUGAUCUAUCUCAAAGACUGCAGCUCAGGAUCACCGAUUCUUGAUUCUCAUCGCAUAUCCAAGAUCGAGGGACGGUUGAAGAACGUUCUGAACGGCGAUAACGACGUUAAGUCCGCUGCCAAGACUUGUGUUUCGGUGGAUAUGAUGACGCACAUCGAACGCAGGCUUCAUCAGCUUAUGUUCGAAGACAGAGACUACGAGAAGAGAUCCAAGAAGCAGGAGAGAUCUCCUAUGGUGGUUGUGACGGUUCAAAAUUGGGCUGAGAGGGGCUACUCGGUCGUUAAUGUUCAUUGCCGGGACAGGACUAAGCUUUUGUUCGACGUGGUUUGUACGUUAACCGAUAUGGAAUAUGCCGUGUUCCAUGCGACUAUCAACACAUCUGAAGACCAAGCUCAUUUGGAAUUCUAUAUCCGGCAUAAGGAUGGAUCACCGAUUAGUUCAGAAGCAGAGAGACAAAGAGUGAUACAAUGCUUAGAAGCGGCAGUGGAGAGAAGAGCAUCUGAGGGUGUGAGAUUGGAGCUGAGACAUCCAGACAAACAAGGUUUACUAGCGGAAGUUACUAGGACGUUCAGAGAAAACGGUCUGAAUGUUACAAGAACAGAGAUAUCAACGAGCUGCGGUAUGGCUACAAACAUAUUCUAUGUAACCGAUGCGAAUGGAGAUGAAGCCGACUCGAAACUGAUUGAAUCGGUUAGGGAGAAAAUCGGUUUCGAGUGUCUAAGAGUAAAAGAAAUGCCAUCAGUGAAUCAAAGGAAGGGAGAUGGAGAAGAACAUCAACAGACUAAAGCAGUGUUGGUUUCACUCGGGAGCUUGGUCUGGAGAAAUCUAUUCAGCUUUGGUCUUGUCAAAUCAUGUUCUUGAGACAGUUCACAACGUGGGUUAACCGAACCACCAGUGCAGUAGAAUUUAUCUCUUAAAAGACACGCAGACUUCUUUGGAAAAAGUCUGCGUGCCUUUUCAAGGAUCAAUACUUCUAAUUUGUGUGUUUUGGUAAAUUGAGUUUAAGUUUAGGCAAUGUUUGUUCAUGGUCUUGUUAAUAGAGAAAAAAAUAGGGAAGGAUGAUUAGAAAAUCAGAAGUUGCUUACUAUUUUUUUAUUGUGGGGGUUCUAGAUGUUAUAAAAGUUUGUACAAAGUUUCUAAAAUUAAUUAUUAUCAUUAUUUUUUGAUA